AUGGGGAGGGGGAAGAUUGAGAUCAAGAGAAUCGAGAACACAACGAGCCGCCAAGUGACCUUCUGCAAGCGUAGGAACGGGCUGCUGAAGAAGGCGUAUGAGCUCUCCAUCCUCUGCGACGCUGAGAUCGCUUUGAUCGUCUUCUCCGGACGAGGACGCCUCUAUGAGUAUUCCAAUAACAGCAUAAGAUCGACAAUUGAGAGGUACAAGAAAGCCUCUGCCAGCACUUCAGGAUCAGCUCCAGUGAUAGAUGUCAAUUCUCAUCAAUACUUUCAGCAAGAAGCAGCAAAGCUGCGCCAGCAGAUUCAAACCUUGCAGAACUCAAACAGGCACCUGAUGGGUGAGUCAAUUGGCAAUAUGACUGCAAAGGAGCUCAAGAACCUUGAAAGCAGGCUUGAAAGAGGCAUCGGCCGAAUACGGUCCAAGAAGCAUGAGCUGCUGCUCGCGGAGAUCGAAUAUAUGCAGAAAAGGGAAGCAGAUCUGCAGAAUGAAAACAUGUUCUUGAGAGCCAAGAUUGCAGAGACUGAUCGACAGCAUCAGGCGGCAGAAGACCAGCAGAUGGUGCCCCCGCCGGCCGGCGGCGGGGCGACGGAGCUGGAGGCGCUGCCGGCGUCGUUCGACCCACGAGGCUACUACCAGCAGGUGCAGGUGAGCAUGCUGGCCGCCUCUGCCUCGUCGUCGCAGUACUUGGAGCAUCCCCAGGAGCACCACCAGACAGCUCUGCACCUCGGGUACCACAUCAAGGUCGACUCCGCCGCCGGCAAAGGCCUCCUCUAG